AGACGGAACAGCACCGCACCGCCUCACGGUUUUAAGAAAUCUCGUAACGUAACCGGACAAACAAAUAUGUACUUUGCUUGCGUUCCCAGCCUAAAGUACUUUACCCGUGACGUCGGUGUGCGAUCUUUUACUUGAUAUCGUUUUUCCCUUAAAAUAGCAGCAUUUUUGUUAACAACCAAACAGUAUUGCCCGAGCCCGCCGAGUGCUAAGUACUCUGUCAACCAGUACUGGAGUUAUAAUCCAAUUGUUACCGUUAGCAACUGCAUUUACGAGGAGCCCAAAGCAAACCACUUGUCAACAAUUCGCCGAAUAUAAUUUACAAUUACACACACCCGCUAAAAAUAAACCCUGCAAGGCGUGUCAGAGGCAGAGAUUCCGAACACAGAACACAGAACACAUAAAAUGCCUGAUGUAAAGUUUUUAGCGGUACUGCCCGACAAUUCCAAUGCUUCGGUAACAAAGCUAACCAUCAAAGGCACCCUGCUCCAGCAACCUCAGCAAUUCUCGGUGAACUUUGUGAACAGUCCAGUCUGUACAGACAACAUCACAUAUCACUUCAAAGUGGUGAUCCCCACACAGACGAUCAUCGAGAACUACAAGCGGAACGGGGAGUGGAGCAGCCUGCAGCAGGAGCACUACCUGAACAUAUUCGAUGGUACAGGCGGGAGUGAUAAGACUCUGACCCAAAGCUUUGCCAGUAUUAUGAACGAGAUUGAUGAGGCGUUCCAACUUUCAUCCACAGAAUCAACCUUUCGCCUAGAGUUUACAUUCGAUUAUGAUAAUUCCACAAUGAUCGUCUACCAGGUCAGGGAAACGGGUCACAAUUUCAUAAGCAAAUACGAGACGCUCUUCUCGCUCUCCGAAAUCCAGGCGAUUCAGGUGUGGGGAGAUGUGCAAAAGGUCAAUCAGUUUGCCCUCAGCUAUGAUUGAUACAGGGACAGAUCAGACCCCCAAGUCGAACGAAUCUUACCAAAAAUAUUCACGUAAACAUUGGGGCCUGCCUCAGCCCCAGCCCAGGCCCGCCUGCCAUCAUCUGCUUUAUAGCGCACCUGCACAAACUGAAGGCUCCAGUGUGCAAUACCAAAUGAAAUAUACAUAACAGUUUUUAUCCAUAAA